AUGGCAUGCGAGCACGUUGUGGCAACGAGGCAAACGAAGGCGUGGCAGAGAGACGACGACAAACCACGACAUUGGUUCAUCGUCAUUCAUCCUCUUUGCAACCCUAUUCGUUUUCUUCUCAGAGGUGAUCCUGAGCUGAACAAGCAUGGCGUCGGAAAACUUACAGGAAUCAACUAUGCAAGUGAGGCAGAAGCUUACAAAAAGCUUUUGAUCAAAAAUCAGGAUGCGCCAACCGUUCGAAAGCUCCUGCAAUACUGGAACAUGCAAGUUUUUCCACAAUUCCUCCUCACUCCCGACUCACAGGACGAAGAAGAAGAAGCACCAUGUGUCCAGGUUGAUGCUGAUGAAAACCCAGGUCUCGAUUCCAUGUUCUGUGGACUGUGUAUGGGAGCCGAUACUUCUUCAGCUCCCACUUCGAAAAAUUCUAGCUCGCUCCCACUCCCCCAGACCCUUCCAACCGAUGUAGAGUGCGUGAACGCCCACUCAGAUGUGGAAUGGGCACCGGAUUUGCAUCCAAACGUGGAAGCGCACACCCCUGCUCCUGUCGCGCCCAUCUCCCAAUCAAUCAAUCCACCCCAUGGACGUUGUCGAGUCCCCACACCAGUUCCCUCAACCUCCAAGGCUGUUGCUGAUGUGCCUGCGCCACCCGCUAAAGCUCCCCAUGGUCGACACCCAAAACAGGUUUCGGUUGUUCAAGUUGAUGCUGAUUCAGGUGCCGGAUGCAGCGCUCGCUCGUCCAAGUCGGCAGACGCGUGGUGCAAAAUCGAAGGCAAAUGCGAAGUAGCUGGGUCCAGCAUUGUGAGGGCAUCGUCGACGAGCAGCCGUUGA